UUGUCAAGUCAACAAAGAACUCAGGUCCCUUUGUGUCAGAUUUUAGUAUGUUAGUCGAUUUGAACUUUCCUUUGUUCAACCGGGAGCUCUAAAUGGUCAUUUGUUAUUUCCGAUUGCUACUAGAAGAUGUAAUUGAAACAGGAAAGUAUGUUAUUUGUUGAAAACUGUCACAGUUGAAGUGAAUGACAAGAUGUCGGGACAAAGUAGUCAAUGGGUGCGUAAGUCGUCCCCUUCUUCUAAACAUGGGCCGAUGAAAGCUACGUUGCCGAUGUCUUCAUUAACUAGACAGAACAGUAAUCUCAUACAAAGUCAAAAUAAUAGUCCUACGUUAUCUCCUACUUCUUCUUGGAAAUCAAGAACUUCUCCCGAUCCUCCUUUGUCUGGACUUAGAAGCCCCGGGGCCGUAAAUUACAGAGGUAAAAGCAAGAGGCUAGAGUACCUGAGCACCAUCAGAAGAACUGCUUCCCUGGACACUAUUUAUCUGAUGGGUCAGUGGCCGAGAGACAUGUACAGUGGACUGCUGCAAGUCGACAAAGCAACUCAGACUGAAGAAACUAUGGGAGAUCCGAGAAAAGCUCAUCGCCAUUGUGAAACUCCUUCUAACGAAGACAAGCUUGAGAAAUACAUCAGACACAGGCUCCAACGCGUGGGGUCGAGCCGUGAACGGACUGCAGCCUUUGGUUUGAUGCUGGCUCCAAUUGGCUCCACGGAGCACGGGUCUCAGACAGCCACGCCUCCACCGUUCUCUCCCCCCGGCCGCAGCAGAGCUCCGAUGCGAAGCUCAAUAGAAGGGCUCAACCAGGAGAUAGAGCGACUCGUACUGCGAGCCACAUCCACUCUGAGCACGGAGCGUGAGGAAGAAAAGUUGCAGCUUGUACAUCAAGCUACUCCUGAAGGUCAUCGUGCUCCACUAGCAGAUCUACUCCGCUCCACUCGCUCAGUCAACACACAGACUCCGGCCUUUAGUUCUCACUCUUCAGGACCUCCUUCUCGGGAGUCUGGAUCACCUCUAGUGGUCGGCAACUUUGAACUGGCUUCUCGUCCUUCAAGUGACUUCCAAGGAAGUGGUGAUUCCUCCCCAGAACAAGACAGUAGACCGGGAACUUCUCCUCGAAUCAACAAAUUUCUCGCACGAGAACCUCCAGAUGGCUGUGAACGAGUUAGCCUCAAGUUCUCAGAAGAUGUCAGUAACCGCAAGCCUAUGCUGGAUCUGAGCCUGAUGGAGCUGUGUCCCAUCAAGCCAAGCACCGCGUGUCAGUUUAAGCCUAGCCUCGGGUCAGCGUUCAUGCCUCUCAGUCGGCCAGUGGCCACGUCAGCCACCACUUCUCACGAUCCUCCCUCCCAACUGUAAAACAUCUGGCGAAAACGAAAAUACAGAACUCCAGUUUUGUGUAGCCGGCAUCACUUAACAGUACAAUAAUAAUUACCUUCAUAGUUUUAGUUAACAAUGGUUGAAUUGAAGUGGAACUAAAGUUCUACUUUGUUCGAGCUUAAAUUGUUAUUCCAUUAUUAUAGUGUUUUGUAUUUUGUAUAAUUAUAUUAGCACCUUUCAGUCAGAGGGGGUAUCAUGGAUUGAGUUUUUUUUUUAACAAUUAGAGAUUUUGAUGAAAUGAUGGUCGGAUAGUAUCAGAUACUAUGAAUUAUUGUUACAUCAUCUUAAAAUGAGAAUUAUAUAAUUGGAAAAGAAAAUACAGGGUUUUGGUUAGUUCUGAAAAGAUAAUUUUCUAUCACGGGUAUAGUUAACUACAGGUAGACUGUUUGUUUUAAUAACAUAUUUAACACCUAUUCAAAUGACUUUCUAAAAUGUUCGUAGGCAGUAAUAUAGCCUAAUUUUUGUUUUAUUCUUGUAUGUUUAUCUCAAGAUAUCAUGAGCUCCUCUAACCAUAUUGUGGAGGUGGAAUUGAUGAUUAUGAUUGAAGUCUAGACAUGGCAAAUAUUGAAACUGUCAACCAAUAGUUUUCCUCUAACUUUUUACCAUUAUAUUUGAACAGUUGAACAGUGAUGCCUUGUUUCGUUUUGUUUUACGACUAAAUAGUAUGCAAGUUAGAUAAGCAUUUUUCUGUAGAUUUGUUCUUUAGUCCUUCAAAUUUAUAUUAACUAAUUACAAAGAUCAAACAUUUAUUUAUGUAAACAUCCAUGAUCCCCAUCCCUGGCUGAAAAAAAUUGAAUGAACUGAAUUUCGCUAAGUUGCUCUGUACUUAUAUAGCAAUGUUGUUACUGUUGCUU